ACUAAAUAGGAAUUUUAUUUUAUUUUUACCCAUGCUUUUAUUUAUAUUUUCUUUUAUAUUCCCAAAACUUACCCUUUUUGGCAUGAUAUACCUACAUCGGCUGCAAACCAUUGUGUACGAGGUUUUGGUUGGUGCUAGAAGCAGUGGAUUCUGUUGUUAAUUUUCUUUAAUUUAUAAAGCAACUGAAGCUAUGGAGAUUUACAAGAGAUUGGUCAGGCAGAACAAAGACUUUGUCCACUCCUUGGAGUCUUUGGCCAAUGGUUUGACGUGGCUACUUCCUGAACGGUUCUCUGACUCAGAGAUUGGACCAGAAGCAGUAACAACCAUUCUGGGGAUUAUCACAGCUAUCAAUGAACAUAUAAUUGAUACAGCCCCUGCUCAAGAUGUUACAGGCUCUGUUGAGCCUUAUUCAUUUCCUUAUUCAUUGUGCUUAUCUGCAUUGAAGGAUUUGGAAACAUUAGUUGAAGUUGUGGCACAACAUUACUGUGGUGAUGAUAAGAAAUGGAAUUUCCUUGCUGUUACCGAAGCAACAAAGGUACUGGUUCGGUUAUCUUUGUUUCGAAAGAGUGGAUAUAAGUUGCUGCUAUCUGGAGGGGAGACUUGUAAUGAUGAGACAGAUUCAAAUAGUUUGACUUCACCACAUCAAAUAGGCUUAAAGCCUGGUGAGAAUUAUGGCUCUAGUUACAUAAAAAACAAUCAUGGUUCAAAUCCAUGGAAUAUGGAAGGAAGAGCACUGUCUGCUUUAAGUAAAUUUGGAGAAAAUGCAAGGAUUGUGUCAGAACCAUUGUGGUUGCGUCGGGUUCAACACCAACAAGCAAUUAUGGAGCCUCCAGUGGUAGAGAGGCCAACACUCUUCAGCAUAUUGUCCAGGAAGGGUCUUCGUGGGGCAAUGUUUUUGAUUGGAGAAGUUCUAUUUAUUACUAGGCCACUUAUUUAUGUUUUAUUUAUUCGAAAGUUUGGUAUUCGGUCAUGGACACCUUGGUUCCUUUCACUGGCUAUUGACUGCGUAGGGAUGAGUAUUCUAUCACUAGUUACAACAUCAGUGGCUGAUGGGAAGGAGCAAAUGUUUCAUCUUUCUGCCCCAGAAAAGGAUGAGGUUAAAAGACGGAAGCUGUUAUUUGUACUAUACCUAAUGAGAGAUCCUUUCUUCAGCAAAUAUACUAGGAACAGACUUGAAAGCACAGAGAAAGUUUUGGAACCAGUUCCUGUCAUAGGAUUUCUUACUGCAAAAGCUGUUGAACUAACGAUUGGAGCUCAAACAAGAUACACUUACAUGUCAGGAUCAUAAUAUAACAUGGAAAUGAAAUGUUUCACUACCCUCCCAGAUUGUGGGAAGAUAUUCUUUCUGUGAUUCCACAUUCUCUUGUUCCACAUAUUUUUAAUUUCAAGGAGAUAUCAAAUUUGCUAUAAUUUUGAUUGACAAGAAGCCAGGAAACCAGAUAUGGAUAGUGUUAUGUGGGACAACUUGUUAUUGCAAGGAUGGCUCCACUAUCAACAACUGGGUUAUUUGGACAUUCUUAGGGAGCUUUUGUUCUACUACACAUUGUGUGUAGGUGGGGUUAUUACAGUUGUUGUUCUGAGCAUUAAUUGGCAAGUUAUUUAUCUGCUUAUUAUGCUCAAAAAAUUGUUAUCUGUUCAAUCUCAAUCAAUCUGUUAAUCAUUAGGCUUGUCUUCCAUGAUCAUCCUUGUGUGGUCAAAUGUUCUUACAUUGUUUUGGUUUUUUUUUACCAUUUGGACAAUGAUGCCCUUUACCUCCUAAAAAGGCUACCAUGUGUCUUGUUUGUAUAUUCAAGUGUUGCUACAAAAAGUACAUAUAUAUUCUUUGUAAACUGGUGAU